GUGAGACACAGCUGCCUCACAGAACCAGUGGCAAUUUCAAGAAACCUGUGGAGUACUCUUUUACAGCUGACUGAGCUUUCUCAUCCAUUUGAAUUGUAUCAUUGAAAUACAGGAGUCAAAAUGCAGUUGAUCAUCCAGUCCUUUCUCUCUUGCUGUCUGCUGGCGACAGUCGCGCACUGUGUGGAACUUGAAGUGAAUCCAGAGUUGAAAAAAAGGCGAAGCAUAUGGCUCGGCAGCAGAUUGAGACGGGAUCUUGACAGUGUAUCAGUAGAGAAGACAGCAGAGUCCGAGUACUUUGUCAGACCGGAAGAUGUCAGGGACACUUUGGUGCCACAUUCCAGCACUGACAUCAAUGUCCGAACCAAGAGGUCUAAAAACUCAGGCAGUCAAUCAAGAAGACAAGGUUGUUCGCUGGGCACCUGUACAGUGCACGACCUGGCACACCGCCUGCACCAGCUCAACAACAAGUUGAAGAUCGGGAGUGCCCCUGUUGACAAGAUCAGCCCACAGGGAUACGGCCGGAGGCGUCGAUCUCUCCCAGCGCACAGAGUCACACUGAGGCUAGAGCAUGGCAGGCUGAGGCCCGUGUGGAGCGCAAUUGAGUCACAAGUUCACAAGCUCGAGGCGCUCCUCAGACGGACAUGAGCAGCACUUAGCAAGAGGAGUUCGGAACAAAAGCGAGGGAGUUAGUAUCCUCUCUCUGUUCUAAAAUUCUCGAAAUGCCUUAAACUUCUGCCAAGUAUUUCCCGGCACAUUUUUCAAGGCAUGAGAACUGAGUCAGAGCGAGACUGGCUGCACUGAGUUUCUAUAAAGGCAGAGCCUUGCAGCUCAGCGAUGUAGAGCGUGCAAACAACUGCAGCAGGCGUACAGACACUGGAUGGCACAGCAUGAAGCGAGCUACAGGUGCUGCUCUUUGCUUGGCAGAGGGAAAGGAAGAGUGCUAAUACCUGGCAAAGUGGACACUUCCUCUGGCUCAAAGAGGGAACUCUCUUCUAUCAUUCUUGGACUUUACACAUUUCUUCCUCAAGGCCAGGACUUUGAUAUGUGCUAUCCUCUAAGGAUUAUACCACCAUGUUCCAAACUGUCAGUACUUCUCUGCACUUUUCCAUUUGGACUUAAAUUCAAAUGAAUCAUCAGGAAAAGACAUCUUCAUCGCAAUGCCAAACAGGAAAAUAGGCUAGAGAGCUCUGAAGCUCUCAGUUUAUAUAAAGUUGUGGACACUGUAUAAGGGAAAUGUCUUAGAUUCUGUGAGAUAUGUGCCAGUCCACAAUGGAUUGAAAUAUACUUGAAAUUGUUAUUGUUUGUACAAAAACAUGUGCAAUCUAUAUUUGUUUUUUAUUGCAGGUAUAUGUAUAUAUGAAUCCCUUUAUUUAAAUAUUAUAUAUAUGUUACAUUAAAGUACUUAUGCAGAUAGAACUAUUUUUGUACAGGAAGAAAUAUAUAUAAGGGCAUUGUAGCUAUAUGUCAUUAUUAUUUUGCAAUCUGUGGUAAUAGGAUA